UUGGGGUAGUUUGAUGAUAUUGUUUAUUCGUUUCGACAAGUUCAUUUUAUUAUUCAAUAAUAAACUGCUCAGGAUCACAACUUAAUUAUUAGUAGCCGCAUUAGACAUUGAAUGUAGCUGUUGUCUUUAUAAGCUAGUUGAAGAUGGAGUCGGGCAUCACUGCGGAGGAGUGUGACCCGCACCGCGACCCUGCCCUGAGGGGGGUGCUCCAAGAGCUCGGCAUUAUUAAACAUGAAAUCAUAGAUUAUGGCACUGAUGAAGAAUACACGCAAGAAGAUUCCUCAGCGGGCCAUCUGUAUGAGAAUGGUGACAAUGUGGACAUUCCAUUACACACGGGAACCUCAACACCCGAUGUACCCAAUGAAACAACUGCUUCUAAACACAUUCUCUCUCAUGAAGUCAAGAAGGAAACAGAAGAAGAAGCUGUAUCAACUGAGUUGCCGUUUCACAGAAACAGAAUAAUAUUGGGCAAGAAGAAACCAGUUUCUUUGGAAAAAUCAACCAAACAAGAUGCAUCAGAUAUCAAUAACAAGUCAAAAAUGAAAGUAAAUAAAAGAAUAUCUAUUAAAAAAGAUCAUGAUACAACCUUAAUCGGCAAGGACAAAGGUAGAAGCAGGAAAAGAACGAAAGAGUAUAGUGAAAUGGAAAGAUGUUUACUAGUGAAAGUAGUUGUAACGGACUGCUACCGGUCUCUGCUGGACGGCGGGUGUUUCUGUGCUCGGUGCGGUGUGCUGUUUGCGACAUGCAGCGCGCGCGACCGGCACGAGGUGACGUCACACGCCGCCGCUGCGACUCCUCAACGCAGCCUUCGUGAGCGUAGGAACAGAGUUGUUCUCACUGACUCAAAUUGCGAGGAAGAUUUAGAGACAAAUCCUACGAAACUUAUAAAGAGGAAGCGUACAGGUGAAAAGCCAUACGAGUGUGAAACUUGUAAGUUAAGAUUCUGGGGAAGAUAUGAUUUGAAGAUGCACACGAUGAUUCACACUGGCGAAAGGCCCUUCGAAUGUAAAAUUUGUCAAAUAAGAUUUAAUAGGAAAACUAUUUUGAAGAGACAUGUGAUACAGACUCACAAUGGAGAAAAGCCAUUUGAGUGUAAAAUUUGUCAGCGAAGAUUCCCUCGAAGACUUACUUUGAAGACGCAUAUGGCAUCUCACAGUACGGAACAGCCACAUGAGUGUAAAAUCUGCAAGGUGAGAUACAAGCAUUUAGUAACUUUGCAACGACAUCACAGGCGAAUUCACUUUGGUGAAAAGCCAUUCAAAUGCAAAACUUGUAACCAAAGAUUUAGGCUGAUUAAUGAGUUGAAAAGACAUAAGUUUAGUCACUAUGGUGGAAAGCCAUUUAAGUGUAAAACUUGCAAGAAAAGAUUUUCGACAAAUGGAGAUUUGCGUAGACACGGUGUGGUUCACACCAAGGAGCAGCCGUUCGGGUGUGUGAUCUGCAAGAGAACAUUCAACCUGCGCAGCAACUUGAAGCGGCAUUGCGGCUCGCUGGGACACAUCCGGAAAGCCCUGCGACUGUGACCGGGGUAGGGCAUGCAAUACCAAUUGUUGAUUAUUAGAGUUAAAAUUUUAGAAGAAUAUUUUUUUUUACAUACGGUGUGCGUUUGCGCAUGAUUUCCAACGUCCGAAAACUGCAUUAAACGGUUUGAAACAAGUGCGCUUUCAUAAGAUAUAGGAACACAUUAUACUUAAUCGCUUUAUUUAUAGCCUAAAAAGUGUGAUUCCGGUAUUACUUCAAUAUAGGUAUUAACUUUCAAUACCGGUAUUGAAAAAAGUGUAAAUUUAGUCCGGGAUCCCUUUAUUGCAUACCCUAGACCGGGGGGUGUGCGUCACACAAAAAUGUACCUAUUUGAAAUAAAUAAGUAUUAUCU